ACUCUUGCUCAUUUAUAUAUGCCAGUCCAUUAGCCGAUAAAAUAAACACAUUUUCUUGCCACCAGUGAAAAAGAUCUAUUUGGACGAGAUGCCUGGUUGUCAGGAGGGAACAAUUGCUGUUUUUGGAUAGAUGUAAUAAUAUUGAAUGCAGUGCUUACAGCAGGUGCAUUCAAAAGGUUUUUAUGAGUUACUGAUCGUAACUAGGGGAAAUGCCAUAUUGGAAGUCUCUAUUUUUAGAAAAGCUAAGCGUAGAAAAUAUAUAUGCUAUAGUUAAUUUAGGCAGUUGGAAACUAGAACAAAAGUGAAUUUUUGAUGAAACUUUGAGUGCUUUGGCUGAAAUCAUGGCCCAUCGUACAUCUGCGGGAAAGCGACGUGGUCAUUCUCCAGACAAGGAAGGGGAGGGGGAUUUUGAUUUAAAAUCAGAGGAGGGAAAGAGUGUACAGCCUCUUGAAUUUCCACUACCAACUCUUUAUGAAGCAAAAAUGGACCGCCGGUAUAAGAAUGAUACAGAAAGGAAAAAUCUGUUACAUAGGCUUGUGUAUGUUGGCAAACUAAGAGAGGAUUUCUGUAGCAGCCAAGAAGAAAUUGGGCAUUACUAUGACAAUUUUUUCAAAAAUCUACACAAUUCUCUGCAAGGGGAAGGGAUUACUGGUUUAUUACUGCUUUAUCCAAAGCACUGUGCUCAUGUUGUGGAGACUUCUAAUGAAAAGAUCACAGAGGUUGUUAGAGAUAUGCAGAAAAGCAUUGAGAAGCAAGAGGGACCUCUUGAGGCUGCCAAAAUACUUGUUAUUUCCCAUGAUGUUCCAGAGAGACUCUACAACCAGUGGACACACAAAAUACUGGACAUUAAGUCUGCAAAUUUAGACUUGUAUGAACCUAGUGAGGCAGCUGAUAAACUAGUAACAGAUAUGUUGUCCCAGUUCCUCCAUCUUGGUACCUAUUUAGCAAAACAGCCAAAGUUAAACUUUAAAAAUGCACUAGAUACACUUCACGAGAAAGUACCAGAGCAUUUACCACAACAAGAUGUUAUAAAUUAUCUGGUAGAAAAUGAUACCACAUGCAUAAGCAAACCUGUGGAGUAUCUUAAUACUUACCAAAAACCCAUCAAAGUUGUCUUGGAUAGUGAACUCACGUGGCCAAUGCCUGUCAAGCUGUUUCCAUACAACUAGUCUGGAUGCACGAUAACCCAUGAUCACGUUUAUCAGACAAAAGAUAAUUAUUUGCCUAUCUUGACUUCCUGAGACUUUGGUGGAAAUAGGUGAACAACUGAUAAAUGACUUGCUUGUCACGGCAGGAUAUUCAUUCCAGCAGUAAUGAUGCUAAUCUUUUCAUUCAUUCAUUCAUUCAUCCUACGGCCAUCAUUUGUGAUGGCAUUUUACUCCCCCCCCCCUUAAUUUUUCACUACAUCAAGAAAAGUACAGAAGGCCAUAAGGUUUGUUGAAAGAUCCCCUCAAAUAAGUUUAAUGCUCAUUAUGUAACAUUAUUUCAUUUGAUUGUAAAUUGAUGAUUUUAAAAAAUACAAAGUGUCAGGAGUGGACAGAUGGGGGACUCUCUUCAAAUUCAACUCAGCUGUUCAGUGGAUUUGAUUUAUCUUUCCUUUGAAUUUACUGUGAAUGAAACAAACCAUAUUUAUAUAUGUAAUAUAUUGAUAUAUAAUAUAAAAUUGAAAUAUAUACUUGUUGUCUGUGUAAUAUUUGUAUGUAUAAAAACAAAAUA